GGCGCCGACCUUGGCCGCGCGGUCUUCUCCUUCGCGACGGUGCGCUAUCUUCUCGCCGAGGGCACCGUCUUCACAAACGCCUUCUUCGAGGGGGCAAAGGCGUCUGGAGGCCGCUUCGCGCGCGCCGACUUCACGGGAGCGCAGUGCAAGGGCGCCGACUUUAGCGACAGCGCCUUCACCGAGGCGACGCUGACCGGCGCGUUGCUCGUCGAGGCGAACUUCAAAGGCUGCGUGAUGAGCAAGGCGCGACGCGCCUUGCCGCCUGAGCGCGGCGCGGAAAUGGCACUCUCUCCGCUCUUAGAGUCGGCCUCUCUCAGUCCUGUGAGUGCUCUUGUGGGUAGUGCGCACGGGGCUGCUGACAUUGGGUUUGCCCUCCUACCACCGCCACCAGUUGACCGGCCUGCCCGCUCGGCGAGAACUCGUCUGCAGGCGACGCUAAAGAACGCCGACGCGUCCAACGGCAACUUUAGAGGCGUCGACUUCUCCGGCGGCAACAUUCGGGGCGUCAAAUUCGAGCACAGCGACCUGAGGGGCGCCAGCUUCUUCGAGGCCGACCUCACGGGUCCUCCACCUUCGAGCUGCCGCGGUAGAAGAUUAACAACGUGUAACACAAAUCAAGAUGCUGUGUGUACAAUUAUAGGCGCCUCCUUCAAGGAUGCCGAACUGCGGGGCGUCACCUGGGAUCGCGCCAAGGGCCUCGACACCGUCGACUUUGUCGGCGCGGUGGCUGCGCCCGACUUGACCAAGAUGGCCGCCAAGCAUUGCUCCGGCACUGUGCUCAACGGCGUCUGUGUGUGA